AUGAAGAAAGUUACAUCGUCCUCAUCAUCUAAGACGUUAGUCAAGGACAAGUGGGUGGCGGCGGCGAUGACGGACGACCAGAUGGUCGUUGAGCUUCUCAUACGCCUAAAGCAUGCGGGGACGGUGGUUUCUGAAGAUCCGGAUUCGAAUCUGCAUCCGUUACGGUGGGGGAUACGUCAACGGCGUUCACGGCCGUCAAGAUUCGGUGUUGGCGUUGCGUUGAAGAAGAAGGAUGUGGAUUCGGCUAGGGGCAGCCCGAAGACUCCGCUGUCGUGGAGCGGCGGAUCUGGAAGUGGCGGCGGUUCCGCAUCUCCCUCAGGCGAUGGAUUCGAGGAUACUAGUGGUCAAGCUAGCUGCUCCACAUCUACAGGAUCCGGAUCUAAGGUUUUUCCAACAAACGAAAUCACCAGUUCUUUCUCCAAGAGAUUGAAGAUAAAGAAGUCAUCUUCUUCUGAGCUUAAAUACCAAGAGAACUUGAAGUUGAAGGAAAGAGUCGACCUUGAAAAGGAGAUUGCAAGUCUCCGAGAAACGUUCGACGAACAAAACGUUAGGAACAAAAGGUUGAAGAGGAUUAAGCUUGACUUGAACUCAGACCGUGUCAAGAACGAGACUGCUCCAGUUGAUCUGAUUCCUAAGCCACAAAGCGAAUCAAAAUCUUGCAGAACUGAGAGCAACAAAACCGCUAGCUCGGAAAAUAAGAGCUUCUUCUUCCUACCUGAUUUGAACAUGGAACCAACCGAGGAGGAGGUAUUGUAUGGAACUAGCUAA